CCUCCCAGGUUUACUACUGUCACUAUUUUUUUAAUUAAAAUUUAACAUUAUUUUAACAGUUUUACAGUGAAUUUCAUUUAAUUAUCUUAUAUUGGUGUAUAACUGACUAAUCACAAGGUUUCUAUUUAAUAAUUUUGAAGUUUACUUUUGUAUUAAUUACUUUUUGGGCUUUUUGGUAAAACCCCUGCUUUUUUGUUAUUGUAUUCUUCAAACAGUUUUAUUAUGACAAUUUUUCACUGACACUCGUCAGGCCGUCAGUAAUUUAAUUUAGAAGCUGUCAUUUGGAAAAAGAAAUCAUCAUAAGUAAAAUUUUGAAAAACGGUAAAAAUACACAGCUAAAAAGUUACAAAGAGACAACGCAGACAGGAAGAUUCGCAAAUUCCAAUAAUGGCGAGGGAACCACCGGAAAUUUCGUGGGAAAACACUUUGGGUGCCCCGAAUGGAGUGCCUUUUGAUGAUGAGACAAAAAAUUUACUUCGAGAUUGUCUGAAUAUUUCCAUGCCAUCGCAAAUUACAUUGGCCGAAUUGAUGAAACAAAGUGAUGCUUUUCCAAUUGCAUUUCCAAUUAAUACUCCUCGAUGUUUCGCUCUAAAAAGUCGAGGAAUUAGUAAUGAUAUUUUGGAGAUGAAUGCAAAUUCAGUGUAUCCUAUAAUUCACGAGGCGAUGCUUCCUUUAGUUGCUGGAUGGCUGAAAUUUAAACGACAGCAUGGCAGUUCGGUUGAAAAAUCUUUAUACAAAAAUAUGGGCCUUAUUCAAUUUAUUCAUCGGCUUUUGGUGAAAAGAGCCGUUUGUUUCUUAAAUCCAAGUGAUUCUUACAAAUUGAUUGAUAAUUGUUCAGGAGAAGGCGGCUGGGAGUAUAUUGGCACCGAUAACGAAAAAGAUCCACUGGUUCUGACCAAGGUUUUGUCGUAUGACGAGAUAAAAUUGUCGGCGAUGAUAGUUAUUUCAUCGCAUACUGAAUUCAUAAACGAUGGUUCAAGAGAAAAUAGAGGAGUCGUUUCUCCUGAUCCGGAUUCAAUUCAACCGAGAGGCAUUAUAUUAGGACCAGUGGGAAGCAGAUUCGAGAGACCUCAAACGAUGGAAUAUCAGGAUAUUUUGAUCACUCCACUUCAGAAUAAUAUGGACAAUGGUUACGGUCCAGCAGUGGAUGGAGCAACAGAGGAAAUACGCGAACUUCGUGUAUUAUGGGCGAAAUUUUAUGGCGAAGAAUACCAUCCACUUUUUGAGGAAGGAAUCCGACGCGUGAGAUCAAAAGAUAACAAGAGAUAUAUCCUUCUCUCGAAUCAAUUAAUUUUCGAUAUUGAAAAUUACAUGAAGAGAACAUUAUUGUCCGUUGAGAUUAUUUUACUCGAAGCAAAUAUAAGAGCCGAAAAGCAAAAUACAACUGCCUUUAUACACGUUGUAGGAUUUGGUCUUGGUAAAUUUGACAAAAGAGUCUGGAAGGUUAUGCAAGACCAGGAGAUAUAUUUUCUAAAGACGUUUGAAAUUGCCAUUAGAAAAAUGAAUAAGAAGUUAAAAUACGUAUCCGACAUAAUGUUUUCGUAUUUUAGAUCGCAAAAGUGUGGCGACGUGGGAAAUGGUGACUACCUCGGAGACAUAAAGAUUCAUUUUGCUCUAAGAGAACCUCACAGUAGAUUAAUGCGAUCAACAGACGCUAAUAAACUCCUAGUCGUUACCUACGCAGCCGAUGGUAAUUCCCUGCCAGGUAAUUGCUUUUGGAACGGUUAUUUGGCAUCGAGUGGAGAUCCAGCGGCGGCUUGCAGCACUCAAAUCGCCGAACUUCACACGGCAAAAAUAAAUUCAAGAUUGUGCGGCAACGCUUUACAUAUUGUUUCUCCGGAACAUGGAAUUUUGCACGUUUCUGAUUAUGCAAAGCUUCAUCUUGCUUAGGUACCUUAAAAAUUAUUUUAUUCUCAAUUCUCAAUUUAAAAAUUCUGCAUUGAGAAUUUUAUUAUUCGCAUGUUUUAAAUAAUUAUAUAAAUUUCAUUUGUCAUUCUCAUGAAUUACUUUAAAAUUCGAAUUUUCAAAUUACUUUCUUUAAGAGAGAGGAGUUAAAAUAAUUCAUGUUACGAAUGUCGAAUGUAUUCCGCAAGAUUAUUUUUAAUUUCACUUUCCUUUUUGGGAAAAUUAAAAUUUUUUUUUGAAAUUCAACGAAACUUGCUAAGAUUUAUAUACGUAAAUAAAAUAAAUAUUUCUUGAGAG